CUGAGAUCCGUGGAGCAGCUGGGGCUCAUCCAAUCAGGAAAAGAAGUAAUCUGCAAGUUACGGAAACAUGGCAAAGGUUUACAAGAAGACCAGUGGAAAUGGAGGACUAACCCUGUACUUGGGGAAGAGAGAUUUCGUUGAUCACGUUGACACCAUUGAUCUUGUUGAUGGUGUACUGAAGAUUGACCCUGCAGAUCUUGGAGACAGGAAAGUGUGGGUGCAACUAGCAUGUGCCUUCCGCUAUGGCCGUGAUGACCUGGAUGUCAUUGGCCUGUCGUUCAGGAAGGAUAUCUGGGUCCAGCAGGUCCAGCUGUACCCUGCAGCACACAAGCCCACCCUGACCCCCAUGCAUGAAACCCUGCUGAAGAAGGCCGGCGACCAGGGCCACGCCUUCUCAUUCAACAUUCCCACCAACCUGCCCUGCUCAGUCACUCUGCAGCCAAACCAGGAAGACAAGGGCAAAGCCUGUGGAGUGGACUUUGAGGUCAAGGCCUACCUCGCCAAGGAGGCUAACAACGACGAGGAGAAGGUUGAUAAGAAAGACACCUGCCGUCUUAUCAUCCGCAAGAUCCAGUUUGCUCCGGACAAGGCCGCUGCAGGGCCCAAGGCCGACAUCUGCAAGAGCUUCAUGAUGUCCGACAAGCCCGUUCACCUGGAGGCCUCCCUGGAAAAGGAGCUCUUCUACCACGGAGACCCCAUCCCUGUCAAAAUCAAGAUCAACAAUGAGACAAACAAAACUGUGAAGAAGAUCAAAAUCACUAUUGACCAGACCACAGAUGUGGUGCUCUACUCAGCAGAUAAAUACACCAAGAAUGUCCUUAGUCAGGAGUUUGCGGAGACCGUAGAGGCCAAUUCCACUUUUGAAAAGUCACUGUCGAUUACCCCCUCACUGUCUGACAACAAGGAGAAGACCAACCUCGCCUUGGAUGGCAGGUUGAAGGAUGAGGACACCAACCUGGCGUCUUCCACAGUGCUGAGACCCGGCAUGGACAAGGAGGUUCUGGGUAUCCUGGUGUCCUACAAGAUCAAGGUCAACCUGAUGGUGUCUGGAGGAGGCUUGCUUGGAGGACUCACAGCCAGUGACGUAACAGUGGAGCUCCCAUUGGUUCUCAUGCACCCCAAACCCAAAGAAGUCCCCCUGGAGUAGACUCCCUUGUAGUCAGAUCGGAUGUUACCGUGCAGGUUAAAUAGACCCCCGUAGAGACAAGACAAGGAAGAGGAAGGACAGCAGAGGCGGGAGGAACCUGAAGCUUUGAGGAGAGGUCCCACACCUAGAUGAACCCAAACGGAACAUUGGUUUUAUCUCACACAAUGUCACGAGUCAUACACGUUGAUGUUGCUGUGUGUUUGUCUUUUGAGUCCUGUUUGAUCUGAUGUGACAUCUCGUAUGUGGGGUAGGGGACCGGGGCUAUAGCAGCUAGUUGUGUUCAAAUGACUUAAUAGCAAUGCAGAUAGAAACCUAUCCAUGCUCUCCCUAUGUCACCUCUUAUCUAGGAGGUGAAA